AUGGAACGUCGUAUGGAAGCUUUCGUAGAAGGGCUCAUCCUUGUCCGCACAAGAUUGCUUUCCCUUUUCCCUCCUAGGCUCCGCUCCCUCCUUCUCCAGGUGGAGAGGGUUCUUGACGCUGAGAAUUUGAAUGACGUCCAAUUUCGGGUGGUCCAAGAGCCUGAACUGGGACCUGUCACAGACAGUUCCUCUCACCCCCAGUCUACCCAUCCCAUCCCAUCCCGUUCCGUUUACACAUGUGAGUUGAACAGCCAGGGGGGGGCGAAUGUGUUUGAUUUUUUCUGUCACCGCUCAGUAGUUCGCACAAAUGGGUCCAAUUUCGAAAUAGCAAUUUAUGUCAGCUUACGGCUACGCUCAACAAACAAUCAAUGCUACGUAGAUUAG